GCCGAGCAGCAUUUCCCAGGCGACAGAGAAAGGGACGCCACAUGGUUUCAGAAACGAGCCGAGCAACGGCCUCCUGAUACGCGCGGCCGCGGCAGAAUCGGAAACCAGUAGUGGCAACUGUCGCGCCCAGAGCGUCAAAAGAAACGGCCUACCUCUUGACCGCUCUUUUGUCCGCCAUGGGCAUGGACAUUGGCUGCCUCCUCUCUGCUCGCCGCGCGCGCCUGUUAUAAGCAGCAGAGGUCGAGCGAGCAGCGAGCAGCUGGGCCGAGCGCUGAUGGAGGAGGCCGUGGCGUGGGCGGCGAGGAGGUCGAUGCAGGAGGCCGCGGCGUCGUACGCGCGUGCGCGUCAGGCCCCGGCCGCGCGGUCCACGGCGAGGUCGGUCGAGACGAUCGUGGUGAUCGUGGCGGCGAUCGUGCUCGCCGCGGCGCUCGCGGGCGUCCUCGCGCGGGCGUGCGGCGGGAGGCACGUGGCGCCGGACCGCGACGUCGAGGGGUGGGCGGAGCGCCGGUGCCGGAGCUGCCUCGACAGCGGCCUGCCGCCGCCGGCAACAUCACCAUCCAAGGCCAGUGAGGCCAAGUAGUUCUUCUGCGCGCCCUUGUCUACUCCCUUCCCUCGUAGCAAUGUAGCCUAGCAGUAGCAGCAAUGUAGCAUAAUUUCCAGCAUAGUGAUACCACAUUAGAAUGAUCAGGCACUAGUACUGCCGUCAUGUAGAAUUAUUUAGAAUGUAACCAAGCAGCUGGAUGCCAAGCCGUUCUUUGUUCCACAAGGGUAUCAGAUUAGGGCCUCAUGAGCUGAUUCCUUGCUGUAAUAUUCUGUGCUCAUAGUUCCAAUAUGCAUAUUUUAGCACUGGCAGUUA